UCAAAAGGAAUAGACUCCUAAGUCCUAUAACCUGCUCACUACAAUUCUGCAGUCGCGGUGUCCAUGUCCAUGUAUCCAUAUCUUCUAAGACCAUUUCUUCCCCGUUCCUGUAACCAAACAGCCUGCAUCCUUCUAGCUGCUUAUAUAUCUGUGAGCCGAUCCAAACGAAGAGGCAAAGGUAAGUAGCGAGCCAUGUCGCCGGUGAAGGUGUUCGGGUCGGCAGCGUUCACGAACGUGGCGCGCGUGCUGGUGUGCCUGGAGGAGGUAGGCGCCGAGUACGAGGUCGUCGAAGUCGACUUCCAUGAUAUGGAGCACAAGGGCCCCGAGCAUCUCGCCAGAAACCCGUUUGGACAGGUCCCGGCGUUCCAGGAUGGAGACCUGAUGCUCUUCCAGUCCCGAGCAAUCUCCCGUUAUGUGCUCCGAAAGUACAGGACGCCGGACGACGGCACCAACCUCCUGCGGGACGGUGACCUCCAAGGAUCCGCGCUCGUCGACGCCUGGCUGGACGUGGAGGCGCUGCAGUACGAGCCGGCGGUGCACGCGGUGUUCGUGCAGCACCGCGUCGUCCCGGCGCUGGGCGGGACGCCCGACGAGAAGGCCAUCGGCGAGAACGUGGAGAAGCUGAGGAAGGUGCUGGAGGUGUACGAGGCGCGGCUGGGCGAGCGGAGGUACCUCGCCGGCGACGCCGUCAGCCUGGCCGACCUGAGCCACUUCCCCUACACGCACUACUUCAUGGGCAUGCCGUACGCGGCGGUGUUUGACGCGUUCCCUCGCGUCAGGGCGUGGUGGCAGGACCUUGUGGCCCGGCCGGCAGUGCGCAAGGUCGCCGCCAUGAUGGACGGCCGCUCUGGUUGAUACGGAGGCAACCCUACUAUGGAAAGGAUUUUAGAUGCGGGUAAAAAUUAUAUUUUUACGAGCGGUGUGAUAUGAUUACUGCUACUAGUUUUUGCAACUACAAAUAUCAAUUUUAGGGGUGGUUAAUGCACCCGUUCCUGAAAAAA